CGACCGGCAGGGGCCGGGAAAGGCGGCCGCAGGCGCGGCAAGCGGAGUGAGGCGGCGAUCGAGACCAGGCGCAGGGUACUCCAGUACAAGCACGACCUGAGGGAGACUGGCAACAAGCUCAGUGACCUCGCGCACAUCGAGGACCAUCCGUCGGAGAACUCAUCAGACGUCGUCGAGAGAGCGCAGAAGGAAGUCCUCGGCAGGAGCUCGCCGAGAGACACGCUGUCAAGCAUGGACGAGCAGGUUCGGCAGCAGUUCGAACUGCUGAGGCAGGAGUUCGCGGCUCAAAUAAGCCAGGCCGCCGACGAGAUGAGGAGGCUGGAGAACGAGAAUCAGCGGCUUCAGCAGCAGGUGGCAGGAGGCCUCGCGGCAAUCCCGCAGGCAAUCGAGCGGAUGGGCGAGCAGAUCCGGGGCGCGUCGAGUAUGAGCACAGCCGCUCACGGUCUCGUCGACACGAAGGGGAUCGGCAAGCCCACGACGAUGGGCGACGAUCAAGAGAAGUUCGGCGCUUGGAAUCGCAAGAUGGAGAACUACGUGAUCGGCGUGUACGGAGAGAGUUUUCGUCCCGUUCUUCGGUGGGCUGCAGAAGCCGAACGCCCCGUGACGAUCGCGGGGGCUCAGGCGGCGCACGACGGAGUGCCAGAGCUGGAGACAAAGGUCAACCAGCUGUACGCGGCGCUGAUCAGCACGACGGCGGACGGGAGCGAGAGCAACGACCUCGUGACGGGCGCUCCCGAUGGGAACGGUCUCGAAGCCUGGCGGAAGCUCCACCGCAGGUGGGAUCCGACGACAGGUCCGAGGAAGAGGCUGAUCCUGAGGUCGAUCAUCUCGCCUCCGAAGUGCAGCGCGGACGAGCUGGGAUCCGCCUUAGAGAAGUGGAUCCAGCAGAUAGGCAGGUACGAACGCCGCCAAGGAGAAGAUGGUCUAGCCGAGCUGCCGGAGGAUAUCAAGAUGGCGGCUCUCGAGAUGCUCAUGCCUCAGGACAUCGAGAACCACCUCGUCCUCAACAAGCAUCGGCUCGAAACGUUCCAGGACAGUCUGAACGAGGUGAUGACGAUCGUGGAGGCUCGGACCGGCGUGAAGAUCAAGGCUGCAGGCAGCCUGGAGGAGGAGCCUGAAGCGGAGGUCGCCGCUCUGGACAUGGGCAGUCUGGACUGCCUGGAGCUCGCCAGCGGCAGCGGCCGCGGCGUAGCGGCGGUCGAUCUCUCUCCCUUCGCGCAGGACGACUGGAUGAAGUUCAACUGGGACAGCGGCGCAGCUAUCUCAGCAUUCCCUCGGAGCUUCGCACCGCCGACGGGAAUGAAGGGCAACGGCAGCACGUAUCGCACGGCCAGUGGUGAGCUCGUCCCGGACGAGGGCAGCUUGCAGCUCAAGGCGGAGGACGAGUACGGAGUGCUACGAGCGCUCAAGGGACGCGUGACGAACGUGCACAAGCCGUUGAUCUCGGUGGGGCAGGCAGCAGGAGCUGGACAGUGUUCAUUCCUGGGCCGCAAUGGCGGCUGGAUAUUCCACGAGAAGAGCCCAAUCGGCAAGCGCGUGGUAGGCAUGCUCGAGAAGGAGGCGAAGGCGGCGAAGCACCAGAUGCUGCCGGUCUAUCGCGAGCAGGGCGUCUACAACUUCUACCUCAAGAAGGGCCAACAUGGCUCGGUUGCUCCUCUCGAGGAGGGACUUUCGGCGAAGUCGAAGUCCGAGCUGGUGGAGCUCCUCAACGGCAAGUCGAAGGAGGAGCUGCUGGAGAUCCUCGAGAAGACAGACGACGAGACAGCGGUGCCGGUGGUCUCGUCCGACUACGCCUUCAUGGGCCAGGACGACGCGGACACCAUGCCGAUGCUGGUCCUUAGGGAUCGGCGCUCGAAGAUGAUGGCGGCGACAUUCGUGGAGAAGAAGGGCGACGACGCCUACGCCAUCAAGUUCUUCGCACGCUUCUUGCGGAUCCUGGGCUACAGGAAGAUCGUCAACAAGUCCGACGGCGAGCCAGCGAUCCUGCUGGUCAAGAGGCGCGCGGUGGAGGAGGUUCCUGGCCUCGAGGCCAUUCCCCAGGAGUCGGCACCGGCCGAUCAUCAGGCCAAUGGGGAGAUUGAGGUCACGGUGCGCGAGAUCAAGAAGCAGGUGCGGGCGCUCAAGAUGGACCUGGAGUCCAAGCUGGGCGUCAAGGUGGAGGACAAGCACCCGGUGCUAGCGCACCUGCCGGAGCACGCCGCAUCGGUAAUCAACCGAUACCGGCGUGGCCAGGACGGCAAGACCGCUCUUCAGCGGCUCACGGGACGGCAGUGGAGGAAGCCGGUCCCGCUCUUCGGUGAACGCUUGAUGGCGCGGUUCGCCGGGGAACGCGUGAGGAAGAACGCGCUGGAGGAGCAGAUGGUGGAGGCUCGCUACAUCGGCCACCACCCGCGCGACGGCUCGAUGAUGGUCAUCACGAGCGACGGCGCGAAGAAGGCGGUCGGCUUCCGCAGCCUGCCGCAGAGCGAGAAGUGGAUCACGGCGGGCUGGGAUGGCCUGAAGGGCCUGCCGUGGGACGUGGCUCCGCGUGCGGCGAGCGCGCCGCGGGCCAUCGUCGGACCUGGAGAGGCGCCUAGGAGGAUGUACGUCCUCAAGGCGGACAUCGAGCGGCUGGGCGCAACGCCGGGAUGCCCAGGGUGCGUCUCGAUCGCUAAGCACGGCCGGGUGCUGGCUGGCCACGCGCACAACGCGGCGUGCAGCAAGAGGAUCUUCGAAGCGCUGGACGCGGAGGAGGCAGGCCGGGAGAGGACCGGCCAGUAUCGAGAGCGGAGGCAGGGCCAAGAGGCCAGAGUCCGACCGGCGGCAUCGGCCGCGGCAGGGACCCCUCCGCCGAAGACGGCUCGGAGGAUCACCGAGCCGGUGGCAGCGGCGGCAGCGGCAUCGGCCGCGCCGGCCGCGACCCGCUCGGCAGCAGCGCCAGCCGUGGCAGCCGCGGCGGCGCGCCUGCGAGAGAGCCAGCCGGUAGCACCGGGCUUCGGCGUGGCGGCUCCUUCAGGAGGAGCGAGCUCCAUUUCGGGAGCGGCGCGAGCGGCAGAGGCCGCCGCGGAUGUCGACAUGACCGCGGCUAGGUCGCGGCUGAAGCGCUCGGCAGAGGUGGCCCCGGAUGACGUGCCGGAGGCCCUCGAGCGCGGUGAUCCACAGCCGGCAGACGUGCCGGUACCGGUGGACAUGGAGGAUCUCGCGGCGCAGCCGGCGCCGGCGGAAGGACCUCAGCUGCCAGCUGGAGUGGCAGUCGUGUGGAACGCCAGUGAGGGGAGGCACAUGCGGGUGCUCGCCCUCGAUGUGGCGUCGAUCGAGCUGGUUGAGCUCGGAGUGCUGACGAGAGCGAAGGCGGAGUUGCUCCCGCUCGUUCGCGAACAGGUCAGUGGCCAUUGGGCCAGCGCCGGCGUGGACAUCGCCGACGAAGAGGUGGACAGCAUCGCCCUAUCGGCGUUGCAGCUGGGCGCCGUGGACGUGGCCGAGGUGUACUCGCCACAUCGGUUCUCGGCUCGGGCAGCGGAAUUUCAGCUGCGCCCGGGCUUCGCGGCGGACCUGGAGGAACUCAAGGAGGACGGGACGCCGUGGGACUUGCGGCGCCCCGAAGAUGUCAAGGAGCUCGAGAAGCAGCAGGAGCGGAUGGAUCCCAUCCUGCUCACGGGGCCCCCUCCAUGCGAGAAGUUCAGCUUGCUGAGGGGCCUGAGCGCCAAGUUCAGGACCGAUGAGCAGGGGGCGGCUGAGAUGGAGGAAGCCAGACACCACCUGAAGGUGGCAGUCGACGCCUAUUGGCGUCAGCUCAGGAAGCCAGGCAGGUACUUCUUGCAUGAGCAUCCCUGGAGCGCGCGAUCGUGGAAUGAGGACAUCGUCAAGGAGCUGGUCGCGCAUCCAGGAGUCUUCACGGUCAAAGGCCCCAUGUGUCGGUGGGGCAUGAAGCUCACGAACCCCCGCAAUGGCCAGGAGGAGUUCGUGCGCAAGGAGACCGGAUGGGUCACCAACCAUCCAGGCCUAGCCCGGAGGCUGCAGGGCACUUGCAGCAAUGUGGACGGCCGCGCGGAAUGGCAUCGCCACAUCACGCUCGUGGGCGGCAUCGCGCGGUUCGCGAAGGUCUAUCCACCGAAGUUGGUGGAGGCGGUGCUGGAGGAGCUCAAGGACACGCUGAAUGACGUGGGAGAGCUCAGCACCGCCCAGGUGCAGCAGUCGGGCCCAGUCCCUGUGGACGCGGCAGUGCCGCCCGGGGACUGGACGAGUUACUGGGACGACGUCAAUGGCGGCUACCUGGAGGCGGGCCUUGUGGCCCAGGCUCGCACGGUCGAGCGCGAGUGGGUCAAGAAGCAGGAGCUGAUCGAGAUCGUCCCGAGGUCUCAGGCUUUCGCCGAGACUGGGCGUCCGCCCAUCCCACUCAAGUGGGUCGACACGAACAAGGGUGACGCGGAGAGGCCCAACUACAGGAGCAGGCUCGUCGUGAAGGAGAUCAAGGCGAAGAAGCGCCCUGACGAGCAGCUGGAGGCGUCCGAGGUCUUCUCGGCCAUGCCUCCUCUGGAGGCCAUGCGGUCGCUGGUCUCGCUGAUGGUCACGUGGACGCGGGAACCACCGCUCCACAUUCAGGAGUCGCUUCGCAAGAAGGGCAGGAAGCCGGGCAACUUCAAGAUCGGCUUCUUCGACAUCAGCAGGGCGCACUUCUACGGGAAGGCGCAGCGGAGGAUCUUCGUGGAGCUGGAGGAGGAGAGUCGCAAGGAGUACGGCGAGGACAAGUGCGGCCUACUCCUCAAGUCCUGGUACGGCACGCAGGACGCCAGCAAGAUCUGGCAGGGCGACUACACGGAGCUGCUGGAGGAAAACGGCUACAAGGCGGGCGCGUCGUGCCCAGCGGUCUUCUACAAGGAGGUGGACGAGACGAGGCUGCUGGGGCACGGCGACGACUUCGCGGUGCUGGCUCAGCAGCAGGACAUCGACAGCUUCGAGGCCACGCUGGGCAAGAAGUACGAGUUUAAGAAGACUGCGAACCUAGGCUUCGACGAGGGCGAUGACAAGCAGGCGGUCUUCCUGAAUCGGGUCAUCGAGGUCAGUGCGGGAGUUCCGCCUGGCGGUGGCCGGCCCUGCCGGCACGCGAUGAUCGAGCCGGACAAGCGGCACGCGGAGAUCGUGAUCGACGAGUUGGGUCUCAGCAAGGCCAACGGCGUGGACGCGCCGACGGAGAAGCGCAGCGCCGACAAGCAGAUGAUGGAUGCGAAGUCGGCGGCGUUGGGAGCAGCGGAAGCUUCGCGCUUCCGAUCCCUCACCAUGAGGGUGGCCUACCUGUCUCAGGACAGGCUGGACUUGGCUGAGGCAUCGAAGACGCUCGCCAGGUCCAUGCAGACGCCAACGGAGGCGAGCUGGCUCAUGCUCAAGAGGGUUGGCCGCUACCUCAAGCGGCAUCCUAGCACGGUGACGGUUUUCACGGAGCAGAAGACGUUCGACAAGAUCCGGGUGUACGUGGACUCCGAUCAUGCAGGCUGUGCAGUCACGCGGAAAAGCACCGGAGGCUUCGUGGCGAUGCUGGGGCAUCAUGUAGUCAAGCACGGCAGUAACCUGCAGUCGACGGUUUCAUUGAGCAGCGGGGAGAGCGAGUACUACGCCCUGGUGAAGGGCGGGAGCGUGGGCCUAGGCCUUCACAGCCUCUUCGCGGAUUGGGGGCUGGACCUGAAGGUGGAGCUUGCCUCGGAUUCAUCGGCGGCCCGGGGCCACGUCCAACGGCGAGGUCUCGGGAAGAUGCGGCAUGUUCAAUCACGAUACUUGUGGAUCCAGGAGCGUGUGGGCAAGGGCGACCUCUCGAUCGCUGCAGUUCCUGGCAAGAACAAUGUCGCGGACGUGCUGACCAAGAGCGUGGGACAUCAAGUGAUGGAGUGGAUCGAAUCCAUGCUCCGCUACCUGUGGGGCUGGAUGAG